UGGCCGUGGCCACGCCCCAGCCUUCCCCUCAGCCUCCUGCACUUCAGCAGCAACUCGCAGUGAGCUCAGGCCGCCGGCGGAGCGACGUCCCAGCAACAGUGUGAAGAUCCACAGCGAGCAUGAACCUCAGUCUUCCCGAUCAGAACAUGCAUAACUCAAGCGAAGGCUGCCUCGACGACGACAAACCUGAUGUCAUGCUGCCCUGCUUCCGCAGAAGCAUGUACGACGAGCCGCUGGCCUCGUACUCCAGCGGCUCGAUCAUCUCUCAGCUCCUUCGCAAGACAAUCCACAACAAAAGGGUGCUGGAGGAAAGCCACUUCUAUCUCCCUGGCUCCACUGCCACUGACUCGGGCCAGGAGGACCAGAGCAGCGUCUCCUCCAAAGACAGCACCGUGGAGGCUGCGUCACCCCAGGGUCACGCGUCUACGGGAGCCAGCCCAGAGGGAGAGCAUCCCGUGACUGAUCAUCUCCAGGCCAAGAGGGCCAGAGUGGAGAACAUCAUAAGGGUUAUGGCCGGCUCCCCCAACAGCAGGCAGCUCGGAGACAGUGAGAAGUGCGAGACGGAUGCCAGAGACACCAGGGAAGUCAGAGAAUCCUACAGGGAGAACAAACGUAAGCAGCGGUUGCCUCAGCAUCAGGAGCACGGUGCUACAGCGGGACAGACGAGCAGGAAACCAAACAGCAACAGUGAUAACUACAACAGCAAGGAAGAGGAAUGUCACAAGUUGAAGGAGCAGCUACAUAGCAUGCAAAGGCUCCUGCGUCAGCUCCAGGAAAAGUUCCUGCAGGUUUACAACCAGGAAGAUCCUGAAUGUGAGAAUAGAGAUGCGGCAGAAGUUGAUUCUGAUCAUGACACCCUGGGAGAAAGCAACGAGACAUGCUACACAAGCACUGAAGAUGAUUAUGUGAGGAAGAAUAGCAGGGGGGCUGUAGGAUGCAAGGACCAAAUGAAAGUUAGUGAUUACUUGGGUCACCAAAGAGAAAGUCAGAGCCUACAGGAAACCCUGAAGCAGGAGCUCUCCAGAGUUGUCAAUGACUGCGUGGACAGGGUGUUCAAUAAGGCAUCUUCCACAGGACUGGACGUCUCUGCUCACCAGCGUUUGUGCUCAUCACCAGAGAUGCAGAUCAGUGUGGGUGCAGACAGGAAGAGCCAGCAGGCCAGCUCCACCCUCAACCAGCCCCAGGCUGAGGAAGCUGCAGCAAAAUCCCGGUCGUUGCAGUACUACGAAAGCUCCGAGGCUCAAAGCCCCCAGGACCAGACAGAGGCGCUGUCACUGGUAGUCAGGAAGCCAGCCGUGACCCCCGUGAGCUCAGUGACCCCGACAGUGAAGAGGCCUUACCCCUUACAUCAGACACCCUUUCAGUUCAAUUACAGCACCCCUCUGCACGAGAGCCACAUCCUGGAGCACCUCCUCAAGUACGGGCCUCAUUCCAAUUUUGGGGCUCUGCCUUGCAUGCCGCCAUCGAUGGACAGGACCUCCCCCGACUCGGUGGACAUGCCAUGGGACACAAUCACCAUGAGGUCCAAAGUGACAUCCAGCCACCUCGGCCAUCACCCUCAUCCCUCCUCUCUGGGGACGGUGGCAGUCGAUAAUCUGUGCCUCCCUCAUGUGAAGAUCGAGUGUGGCGAGCUGCAGGGCAUGGCUGAGCGAAACCCCUACAUGUCCCUCAAUAUCCAGGAGGGUCUCACUCCAAGUCAUCUGAAGAAAGCCAAGCUCAUGUUCUUCUACACCCGCUACCCCAGCUCCAACGUGCUGAAGACCUUCUUCCCUGAUGUCAAGUUCAAUCGCUGCAUCACCUCUCAGCUGAUCAAGUGGUUCAGCAACUUCCGGGAGUUCUACUACAUCCAGAUGGAGAAGUUUGCACGCCAGGCAAUCCUUGACGGCGUCAGCGAAGUAAAAGACAUCACAGUUACCAGAGACUCAGAGCUUUUCCGGGCACUCAACAUGCACUACAACAAAGCCAAUGAUUUUCACGUUCCUGACAGGUUCCUGGAGGUUGCUGAAAUCACCCUGCAUGAGUUCUACAAAGCCAUCUCUGAUGCUAAAGAUUCAGACCCUUCUUGGAAAAAGGCAAUUUACAAAGUGAUCUGCAAGCUGGACAGCGACGUCCCGGAGGAGUUCAAGACUUCCUCCUACUUAUAGGUAGGAGCAGUUCGGAUGAAGGAGGAAUGGGUGCUUUUUGAGCUGUGUUGUUUGGCAGUAUUAUUUCAUUUUCAUUCUUUUUCUUGUAGUGCAUUUUAGUGAAGUAAAAUAUACAUUAAACUAUAUAUAUAUAUAUAUAUAUAUAUAUAUAUAUAUAUAUAUAUAUAUAUAAAAACAGCAAACCAUUUCAGAAGAUGUAUAUUGAUUAUCUGAGAUUAUUGUGUUGUGCUUUUACAAAAAAAUUCAAUCUCUUGUGGAUAUUUUUCAGUGUUUACUUCACUGUAUUUAGAUAUAAUCAAGACUGUAGUUGUGUAAAAUCAUCAUAGCGUAGUUGUGUUUUUUUUUGUCAGUCAAGUCAUCAGUAAUAGUUUGUUUAAUUCCUUUUUAUUUCAGAGAUGUGAGUGUUGUAUCAGUGUAUAUGCUCUGCCAUUUUAUGUUGGAUAUGGUUUUAUAGUUCUGUUGUGUACCUUUAGCUUAAAUGAAGGCAAUUGUCAUAGCUUUUGUUAUCCCGUGUGAAAGUGCGCUCCUUGUCUUGUAAAGAACAAUCAUUUUCAGAUAUUUCGCUCACAAAGAUUGUACUGGUUGAUUAUUGAAAUUAAAG